AUGACAGAAUUAAAUGAACCAUUUAAUAAAUUAAAACAAUUCAAUAAUUCAGAUAUUUCAUUACUAAAUGUGAAUUAUGAUCAAAAAUCAAUGAAUCAAAUUGAACAAUUAUUAUGUCAAGUUUUAAAUGAAAAUUCUAUUUUAAGAGAAAAAAAUGAAGAGUUAAAUGAAAUGAUACUUAAUAAUGAAGAUCAUUCAAAAAAAUUGAAUAUGAUAAUGAAAGAAAUGAAAAUGGAAUUAAAUAAGAAAGAAGAUUUAAAUGAACAAUUGAAAUCAGACAAUGUGAUCUUAAAUAACUUGAUACAAUCUAUGAAAUCAGAUCAUGAAAUGUUUCAUGCAGAAAAAGAAAAUCUAAUCCAAACAAAUCAACAUUUGGAACAAAUAAUUUUAAGAAAAAUAGAAAAUGAAAAGAAAUUACUAGAAGAUAAUGAAAUUUUAGAUAAAUUAAUUCAAGAUUUACGUGAACAAUUGACUACAUAUACUAUGUACAAGACAAAAUCAAAUGAGUCGAACGAUUUGGAAGAUGAUCGUCUUCAUCAUCGUCAUCAUCUCGCUGGUCAUGAAUGUUCCAACUGUGAAUAUUUACAAAAACAAUUAAAUGGUUACAUUUAUUUAUAUGGUGAAUUAAUUGAUCCGAAUAUACAAGAUAUUUCAGAUAAUUGUUCAAUUGAAGAAUUGACAGAGAAAAGGAAGAAAAAUAUGACAAACGAUAAAAUAUGUGCAAAACUAGAUCAUUCUAUCAAAAUUUCUGAUAUUAAUGAUCAGUCAAAUGAAAAUGUUAAUCCAAAUGAAACUUUAAUGAAAUCUCAUUCAGAUUAUUCAUCAUCGAAUGACUCUUCAUCAAUUCAUGAACAUGUAAAUAAAUGGUGUAAUACAAAAUGCAUGAGGCGAAAUGAACCUCUGAUUGAAUCGAAGCAUAUCAGUCGAUCAGGCAGUUCAGAUGACAGUCAAUCAAAUAAAUUCAAUAAUGAUGUUUUAUCGAAGUGGUCAAACAUUCAACAUGAGAAUGAACAGUUGAAAUGUCAGCUAAAUGAAAUGCAUGCUUACUGGGAAGAAAAACAAAAAAAAUUAGAAGAUCAUUGUCGUUUACUUUCAGCUAGACUGAAAUACAUGAAAUCGAAGCAUCGUUCAAUUCAACAUCAUAAACUAUCUUGGUUAAAAUCAUCAUUGAAUAUACUUGUUCCAUUGAAACAUUCAAAUAUCAUUCAAGACGAACAUUCAAGUUGA